AUGUAUUUUCAGCCCAAACUCUGUCAGGGACCCUAUCUGAUCCUGGAAAACUUCCAGCAACGGAACAUCCAGCUAAUUCAGUCCAUCAGAGAAUUUCUUCAAGAAGAUGAAUCUCAGUUCAACAAAUUUAAGAUGUACUCGGGGCAGUUCAGGCAGGGUCUGAUUUCAGCAGAGCAGUACUACAAAAGCUGCCAGGAGCUCUUGGGCGAGAACUUCAACAAGAUCUUCAAUGAGCUCUUGGUCCUCCUGCCAGACACAGCCAAGCAACAGGAACUGCUCUCUGCUUACCAGGACUUGAAGGUCAAAGCUCCAGCUGGCUCCUCCUCCCCCUCCUCGACCAGGUCCAAGAAGAACCGAAAGGGGGUCUGGCACACAGAACCGCCUUCUGAUCUUGACUGCUGCGUCUGCCCCACCUGCCAGCAGGUGCUGACCCAGCAGGACCUCGUUUCUCAUCAAGCCCUGCACCUGGAGGAGGAGGAAUUCCCUUCCUUGCAGGCCAUUAGCCGGAUCAUCAGCUAGCUGUCCCAGGUGACCAAUAAAGUUAGUCUCCCUCUGAAAAGUGGCUCUUCUCAGGCAGGUUCUCUACCCAGGGGAGAGGAGCCAGCUGUGUGCGUGGGCCAAAGGGCCUCCUGACCUGUGGAAGAAAAGCAGGGGGAAUUCAAUGGUGACAGACUAAAGGAAGACGUAGCUGUAAUAGAAACCUGGGGGCAGUCCUUCUCCCCUGCAGAAUAGGAUGGAGCAGCAGGGCGACGGACACUUGGUUUACUGUUGUGGAUAAGAAUUUAACUCGUAGCUGGCCAUAGCAAGGAUGCCGGGCAAAGGGCGGCGGCUGCUUUCUGAAGAGGGGAAGGUUGGGGUUGGCUGCUGAGAAAUAAUGAAGAGCGGCUCCCAGGGUCUGUCCAAAAGGAUUCCAGAAGAUGGGAGAGAAUAGUGACAGGUUUGGGCAAAGAAUGCCGUUUGGCCUUUCUCUAUCCUUCUUUCCCUCAUUCUUCACAGUGUUUUGCAGAGAGGACUUUGUGGCUUGUCUCAGCAGGAAAGAGUCCUCAGGCAGAAGAGUUGCCCAAGAACCCAGAAUCUGUUGCUCUCAAGUUGUUUCUAAAGGAAACCUGGGCCCUUUUGUUCUCUUAGACUUGCAUGCGGGGGGAAAGGUACCAUUCAGUGCUUUCUUUACUUCUCACUGUAAGUGUAGGUUUCUGUCCAGUGAUGUGAAUUCAGUUAUUUCCAUGGUCUUGAGUGCUCGUGGCUCAUUAAAUGCUGCUCAGCAGUGACCCCUUCCUGAUGCCUCAGUUCCAUCCUGGCAUGUUCUUGAAAAGGGCUGCUUGCCUGGAUCUCCGCCCCAGUGACUUUGGAUGCCCUGAGUGUUGCCAGCUGCUAUCCAUGAGUUCUGUCCUGUUCCUUCUCCAGACCAUCUCCAGCAGCAGAGUUGAGUUGCUUCCAUAGAAAGGUUCUUGAGACUGUAAAGUUGGUCAGAGGCUCCACUAGCUCUUUACAUUCAAGAGUAGACAUUAUAAAUAUGAUUUACGAUUU